UUUAAUAAUGAGAGCCUGGCUGAAAGGAUUAUCAGACAUGUGAAAUCAUCAAGGAGCCUCUUCAUCAUGUGCCACAUACCUGUGUUCUGCUGGAUUUCAGCCACUGUUCUUAAGAGCCUUUUUAGUGAGACUGACAGGGGAGAAAUUCCAAGGAAUUUGACUGAAAUGUACACACAUUUCCUGAUCUUUCAGACAAGUUUAAAAAAUGACAAGUAUAUGAAAAAGUUUGAAACCAAGCUUAACAAAUACAGCAAGGAAUUCCUUUUAAAACUCAGUAAACUGGCUUUUGACAACCUUAAGAACAGCAAUCUCAUAUUUUAUGAGGAAGAUCUGACAAAGAAUGGCAUUGAUGUCACUGAAGCUUCAGUUUACUCUGGAGUGUGCACAGAAGUCUUUAAAGAGGAGUAUGGGUUGUAUCAGGAGAAGGUGUACUGCUUUGUGCAUCUGAGCAUCCAAGAGUAUCUCGCUGCUUUGUAUGUGUUUCUGUCAAACUCAUCAGCUGACCUGCUGAAGACUGCAGUGGAUCAGGCAUUAAAGAGCAAGAAUGGACACUUGGACCUCUACCUCUGCUUCCUCCUGGGCCUCUCAACAGACUCCAGUAAGACACUGUUACAAAGGCUACUGGGAGAGACAAGAACCAGCUCACAUAACAUUGGGGAAACAGCCCAAUACAUCAAGGUGAAAAUACAGGAGAAUUUAUCUCCAGAAAGGACCAUCAACCUGUUCCAUUGUCUGAUUGAACUGGGUGACAAUUCUCUAGUAAAUGAUGUAGAAAGAUACCUGAAUUCAGGAAACCUUUCAGCAGAAGACCUCUCACCUGCACAGUUCUCAGCUCUGGCCUUUGUGAUGCUGAUGUCAGAUGAGGAGCUGGAUGUAUUUGAUCUGAAGAAAUACAUCAGACGGGAUAAAGAGCACUGCAGGCUGCUGCCUGUGGUCAAGAACUCCAGGACGGCUCUGCAAAUUGAUGGGGAUCCAGCCUGGCAGGUAGACCAGCCCUGAUAUGAUGACAAACCAGUCUCUCAAAGCACUUCAUCACGACAGAUGUAAGUGCAACAGGCCUAUAGUCAUUUAGACCGUCUACAACUGUCUUCUUGGCGAUGGGAAUGAUGGUGGAGGUUUUCAGGC